AUAAAGUUAAAAUAGUAUAUAUGAUCGGAUUUUUUUAUGUAUAAAAGAUGUUCUUACUAAUAAUUUUACCUAUUCUGAAACUCCUUUAUGGAGACCAUUGUGUACACAGCUUUAAGAGUGCUGGAGGUCUCCCAUCCCUGGUCGUUGGCAACUUUGCUUUAAAAAGUGAAGCGUUCUUUUCACUUUGAAAAACGAAGCCACAAGUUAGAAGAAGAAGAAAAUAUUGAAAAAGUGAUUUACGCAGUAAAGUUUUUAAAAAAUGCUGGAAUUAUUUAACGAAAUCAAAUGUCUACUGGUAAACGAUCCGGUGCGUAUUGACAAUGUUGUCUUUCGUCUUUAUACACGCGUUACAGUUUUAUUUCUGGCAUCGUGUUCUGCACUUCUAACAUUCAAAACCUAUUUCGGCAAUCCGAUUAAUUGCUUCAUCUCUACAAAUUCGCAAAUACCGAAAGAGGCAAUAAAUUCGUUUUGUUGGGUUACAAGCACCGCUAUAGUUGCUGAAAAAACACAGGGAAUCCGGGGAAUCGACAAUGUUGGUUUGGGAAUGCGACCAUCUCAAAAUGAUUCCGAUUUGAUUGAACAACAAUAUUAUAAAUGGGUUUGCUUAUUUCUCGGAUUGCAAGCACUUAUGUUUUACAUACCUCGUGCCUUAUGGAUCGUUUGGGAACGAAAUAUUAUUAGUUUUCUCGCAAAGGAUCUUGCAACUCCUCUUCCACAGGUGGCUUGGACUGAAGAAAAACGAAAUCAUCUCACUAAUUAUUUUACUAAUGCCAAUUUAUACUCGAAUAAUUUCUAUGCUAUUCGUUUCUUUAUUUGCGAGUUACUCAAUCUUUUGAAUUCGAUCUGCCAAAUUUAUUUUCUUGAUCUGUUGCUAAAUGGUCAAUUUUCUCUACUUGGACCCGCAUCCGUGACAUUUGCGACAGCAUAUGACACUACAAAAAUGAUUGAUCCAUUGAAACAACUUUUCCCAUUAACUGGAAAAUGCUCAAUGAACACGUAUGGUUCCUCAGGAACGAUUCAAAAGCACGAUGCAUUUUGCAUUUUGUCACUCAAUAUGAUAAAUGAAAAGGUUUUUCUCAUUUUGUGGUUUUGGUUAAUCAUUCUUUGUAUUCUUGGCACAAUCACGAUAAUCUACAGAAUCGUCAUGUUCGCGUAUCCAUGGGCAAGAAUUUAUUUAUUACAAGCACAAAUUCGAUCUUUGGAAAGAAAAAAAAUUGAAAAUGUAGUGAGAAAACUUUAUUUUGGAGAUUGGUUUAUAUUGUAUCAACUUGCUGAGAACGUUAAUCCCGUUGUAUUCAAAGAACUCGUUGAUCAAUUGAAUACGAAAGCCAUUGAAAUUCCUGAAGGCUUAGCUUAAUAAGAUACAUAAGAAACAUUUACUUUUGAUUUACAUAUAAUAUUCUUUGAGACUGAGAUUUCAAUUUUUUGCCAAAGUGCCUAGUCUAAAAAAUCAAAGCUGAAAUAUUCCAAAAAUUUUCCACAUUUAAUAUAUAAUAUGUAUAUAUUUUUGGAGGGAUUUAAAAAAGACUAAUCUUGAAAAGAAUGAUUAAAAAAAAGAAGUUUGAUUAAUCUAAGAAAACAUUAAAUUAAAAAUUUAAAAGAUAAGUAUAAAAAUAAAAAAAAAAUUAGCGGUUAUUUAUUUAUUUAAAUAAUGUAGCUACAUUUUCAUGAGAAACAAUAAGUUUAAGAAGAAAUGUUAUUAUUAAAAGAAAACAUAAGUAACGCUUUAUUCUCACUUCAAUUAAAAUUGUUCGAAAUUUUUGUUUCUUUUUUUAAAUAUAAAGCGUAGACCUGGAGAUUAAAUAUUUGUGAAAGAAGAGUUUAUUUAUUAAAUGUAUUAAUAAGAUAUUUUGUUAAACGAGUGAUAUAUAGUAUACAUA